AUGGCCGAGACCCUAGGAGUGACGGCUGGAAUCGUUGGCUUGAUAUCCACCGCCAUAAGCUUUGUUCAGACAAUCAGCAAGGCCCAAGAAAGCGUCAAAGAAGUACCGAAUACUCUCCAUCAUGUAUCUUCAGUCCUCGACGACAUAUCUCACACACUGGCCCUCGUUGGACGGGAGCCUCGCCUGCAUACCGCUAGCGUCGAGGAUCAGGUCAGGUCCAUAACCCGCUGUUUGAAGGAAUUAAAUGAAUUCUUCGAGAAGUUGCAAACCAAAGUUCAAAAGGGCAAAGUCAAGAGUUACAUGCAUGCCUUGACGACUGGAGACGCCGAUGAAAAUGAACUGGCCAAAAGGAUUACUCGUCUAGACGGUGCCAGAGCCGAACUCCUGACUCGGAUAUCCGUCGUUCAUGUGGGAUUAACUGGCAACAUUCAUGACGGCUUCAAAGUCGCAUUCAGGGCCCUCGAGGAAACAAAUGCCAGCGUCAAACAAGCCCUCGGGCUAAACCUAGUUCUCGCGACGAGGCUGCAGAAUAGAGAGCUUCUGCUGGCAGGUAGCACAAAUCCAAGCCACGCAAUUGACAACGUAUACUGCUUGUGUCGACGUGUUGCUAACAUGUCAAAAGGUCCCGACAUUGUUGCUCUUGACCCCUCAGACGUUGUGGCCUUGAAGCUCGGCGGUAUUGAAGACACAGGUGCCCAAACUCAAGGAUCCCAGCAAGAGACACAGAAAAGACGAAACGACAACCCCAAUUUGAACUGGGAAGACAACAUCACAUUGGAUGAGCCGCGCAUCUUUGUUGGAAACCUGGGCGUUAGUGAGCAUUCAAAAACAAGUGUAGGCAAUGUGAGAUCGAAUGUCACCCGCAGCACUUUUGGGAAAGGCCUACGACUCAUGAAUGGGCAUGUUGGCGGGGAAGCAGCGAAGUCUUUCGCUGAGAGCUUCUUCAAAGACUGA